AUGAAAGGAGAGCACGUGGGUGGACUUUUCGGACCAAACGAGCGACGACGUCAACAACCGGGAGCCGUUUGCGAGACGCUUCGAGGGGACGCGGCAGAGAUUGUGCGACCACACGUUAAAGAAGAAGAGCAGGACACGUCUUUGUUCACUGACGUCAUAGUGAAGAGUGAAGAUCCCAGUCAAGAUUUCAGCAAAGAUCUUUGCCCCAAACGGCAGGAGAUUAAAGAGGAAGAUCAGGAGAGCGACGUGACAGAGUUUCCGUUGACCGGCACCAUUGUAAAGAUCGAAGGUGACGACAAAGAUGGACUCUUAGCUCCGCUGUCAGAUUCCCCCGACACCGAUGACGAGCGCUCACCUAGCGAGGCGGAAACCUUUUGGAGGUGCUGCCAAUGCGGCAAAGCGUCCACGUCAAAAUGGGGCCUAAAGAUCCACAUGCGAACCCACACCGGAGAGAAACCGUUUGCCUGCUCACUUUGCGGGAAAAAAUUCACUCAGAAAGGACACUUACGAGCGCACGCCAGAACGCACACCGGGGAGAAACCUUUUCCCUGCACGGUGUGCGGCGUGGUGUUAAGUCAGAAGGUUAAUCUGACCAAUCACAUGAGAAUACACAGCGGGGAGAAGCCGUUCGCGUGUUCGCUUUGCGGCAAAAGAUUCUCCGUCAAGGGACAUUUAAGAAUUCACACGAGAACGCACACGGGAGAGAAACCAUUUGCCUGCGACGUUUGCGGGCAAAGGUUUGCGUUGAAGGGACACUUAAGGACACACGUGAGAACGCACACCGGAGAGAAACCUUACCCCUGCUCAGUGUGCGGUAAAAGAUUCUCAAUUAAGGGACAUUUAGUCGCGCACAGCAGAACACACACCGGCGAAAAACCCUACGAUUGUUCGUUUUGCGGUAAAAAAUUCUCUAUUAAGGGCCAGUUGACGACGCACACGAGAAUACACACGGGGGAGAAACCUUUCGCCUGCUCCGUGUGCGGCAUAAGUUUCAGCGAUCGCUCGGGAUUGGCAAAACACACGCGAACGCACACCGGGGAAAAACGGUACGCGUGCUCGCUUUGCGGGAAAAGUUUCUCGCAGAGGUGCACUUUGACCGUACACGCCAGGACGCACACCGGGGAGAAGCCCUUCAGUUGCGACACAUGCAAGAAAAGAUUCUCCCGCAAAGAUCAGGUGAAGAAACACAAGUGUCUUGGGAAGAAAUCUGGAUUCUAA